CUAAGUAGCAUAUAAAAUAAAAAAAAAUCAUACUUGUCCCUAAUUUAAUUAUAUUAGUACUUGAAACGAGUCCACAUUGAAACCUUUUCAGUGUUUCAGCGAACAUUGUAGAAGUGGUAUCGGUCAAGAUGGUGGACGUUGCUGAUCCAGGGGUAGUGAAGACUGGGGCAUAUAAAUACGAAGAUGGGACGAGAUACGUCGGAGAAUGGAAUUCAAAGGGACAGAAACACGGCAUGGGACACUUAGUACUUCCAGACGGGACACGAUAUGAUGGAUCCAUGAUCAGUGGCCUGUGUUCAGGACUUGGAGUUAUGGCGUUCCCGGACGGAGCCAAAUACGAAGGUGAGUUUAUGCAAGGCUGGUUUCAUGGCCACGGUGUUUUCUGGCGAGCUGAUGGCAUGAAGUUUGAGGGGGAAUUCCGUGGUGGAAGAAUUUGGGGUCUAGGUCUUGUGACAUUCAGCGAUGGAAGCAAUGGAUUUCCAAGGAAUGAAGGGUUCUUCCAGGAUUGCAGGCUGGUUCGACGUAAACGAUGCCCCGAAGUGGUGCAAAGGGGACAGAAGGUCGCUUAUAUGGCGAGAGCGCAAUGCCAACAGAUGUGAUUAAUAAAUUCUAAUAAAAACUUUAUUUUUAUUUUGAAAAUUGAUUAAACUGAAUUUUUUUUUUUAUGAUAAGCGGUUAACGUAGCCUAUGAAAGCUUGUAAUGUAAACGAGGAGUAUUACGCGCGCAUUGCCGACCUUGAAGAAACCUCUUUACCCCCCUUUUGAAGAACCCCAUGCUGUAGGCUCUUGGAAAAACCUCGGCAGGGAGCUUAUUCUACAACCUGAGUGUUCGCGAGAGGAAACAUCUCUAAAAUUUAUUUAAAUUAUUUAUUCAAUAAAUAAAUAAAUCGAAAUGAUUUAAAUUUGAUUGUAAUUCCAAUGCGUCAACAGUUACAAUUUAUGUGUCAUUCUGCUGCAAUUUAUGUGUAUUUCAGCUAAAGGGUAAUAAAGGUUUGAAAAUUUAGAUACAACAAUAAAACAAGUAAUAACAAAUUUAUUAUCUCCUCAACAUUUCUUUAGAAAUAAUUAAUAAUUAAUUAAUGUUAAAUAAUAUUAAAUUAAUUAAUUAUUAAUUUAAUUUUCUCUUAUCAAUACAUUUAAAUUACUCCUUAUUAUAUUGGACAAUAAAUAAACUUAUAAAUUAAGAGGUUUAA